UUGAGAUCCAUUUUUGGUAGUGGUUGUUGAACAAAUGGCCGAUGGAUGGAGGCAUUGCCGAUUAAGGCACUAUUCUUGGGAGCAUCCUCUAUAUAUAAAUCUUUAGCCCAAGCCACUUUGAGUGUAACAACCGAAAUGGCCUUGCUAGGGUUCUAUGACACUUUCCUUUUUGCUUUCAUUAUUUUCUUCAUUCUUCUUUCUUUCUUUGGCACCGUUAAUGGGCUUCCUUGGGACUGGCCAAUUUUUGGAAUGCUCCCAAGUCUUCUUCUCAAUAUCCAAAGGAUUCAUGAAAGGUGUACUGAAGUUCUAGAGCUAACCGGGGGUACUUUUCUGCUCAAAGGCCCUUGGUUUGCUAAUAUGGACAUGUUGGCCACUGUUGAUCCAGCCAACGUGCACUAUAUAAUGAGUUCAAACUUCUCAAAUUUCCCCAAGGGACCUCAAUUCCUGAAGAUAUUUGAUUUUCUGGGUGAUGGGAUUUUCAAUUCAGACGCAGAUUUGUGGCGGAACCAGAGGAAAAUUGCUCGGCUGCUGAUUACUCACCAAAGGUUCUAUCGUUUUUUGGUGAAGACCAGCCAGGAUAAGGUGGAGAAAGGCCUAAUCCCAAUUCUUGAGCAGGUGUCCAAACUAGGCCUAGUGGUGGACUUGCAAGACUUGUUUCAAAGGUUGACGUUUGAUACCACUUGCAUACUGGUUACAGGCUACGAUCCUGGUUGUCUCUCUGUUGAAUUCCCUGAUGUUCCAUUCUCCAAGGCCAUGGAUGAUGCCGAGGCAGCCAUACUUGUUCGCCAUGUAUUGCCAGAGAGCGUUUGGAAAUUACAAAAGUGGAUAGGGUUUGGGCAAGAGAAGAAGCUGAGCAAGGCUUGCGCAGUGUUAAACCAUAUAAUAAGUAAACAUGUGGCAAUGAAGAGAGACGAGCUAAGCAAAGGAAUCAAAUCAAAAGAAGAUGAAGAGGGUGUGGACCUAUUGACAUCCUACUUGAAUGAUGAAGAGGAAAUCAUGGGAGAUCAGCUGAAGUGUGAUGAUAAGUUCUUGAGAGACACUAUUCUCAAUUUUAUGAUCGCAGGACGAGACACCACUAGUUCGGCCCUCACAUGGUUUCUCUGGUUAGUUUCAACACACCCAGAUGUGGAAGCGAAGAUUAGGGAAGAGUUAGGAGCAAUUAUACCCAAAAAGGAAGCAAGAAAAGGGAAGCUUUUUAAUGUAGAAGAGGUGAACAAGCUAGUGUAUCUUCAUGGUGCAUUGUGUGAAUCACUAAGGCUGUAUCCACCAGUACCAUUCCAACACAAGGAGCCCCACCAGCCAGACAUCCUUCCAAGCGGCCAUCAUGUCAAUCAAAAGAUGAAAAUAUUGUUCUCUCUUUAUGCAAUGGGGAGAAUGAAGUUUAUAUGGGGAGAGGAUUGCUUGGAGUUCAAGCCAGAGAGAUGGAUUUCAGAGAAAGGAACCAUCAAGCACCAGCCAUCUUACAAAUUCUUGUCAUUCAAUGCUGGUCCAAGGACAUGCUUGGGAAAAGAAGUGGCUUUUACUCAGAUGAAGGUUGUUGCUGCUGCUAUAAUCCACAACUAUAAUGUUCAAGUGGUGAAAGGACAUCCCGUAGAUCCUAAUGUUUCCAUAAUUCUCUAUAUGAAACAUGGCUUAAAGGUUAAAGUUAGCAAGAGAUGCCCCUGAAUUAGCAAGCACUAGCUAGCUUGUUGGAUAUGCAUAUACUAUUCUUGGGCAGUGUGAAUUAAAAGUGUGCUCUGUUAUUUGGCAGUUGUUCCAUCUUCAACCUUUACAGGCAAUUUGAACUCUCAUUUGAAGGCUCUUCUUCUUCAUCAACUCAAUCCAUCUGUAAGUGAAAAUUAACUUACAGAUGCAUAUAAACAGUAUUCACACAUAAUAUUUGUAUGAGAGCUGCAUAUAAAAUGAUGUAAUAAGAGCAUUUCUCUAUGUAAUAAUUAUAAUAAAGAGAGAUCGAAUUGUGGUUA